CGGAGUCAGUGUGUAUAGGUUGGUGUAGUGGGCGAGUGACUGUGUUGGUUGGCGUUACACCACUCCUCCACCAAGCUUGGGUAACUGUUCCAGCAGACUGGAAGAGAGCAAACAUUACUGCAAUAUUUAAGAAAGGAGGUAGAAGUGAUCGCAAGGAACUACAGGCCGGUAUUUUGUACUGUGCUAGAAAAUAGAAAAUGUCAAGACCUGUUAGAGCUGCUCCACCUCCCCCACCUGUCCGGAAAGGGCAGGUGCAAGCAUUUGAGGCAAUCGCUAACUAUAAAGCUCAGCGGGACUGUGAGUUAUCCUUUGAUGAGGGUGACCUUCUCUUCAUAGUUGACCGCAGUGACCCAACCUGGUGGCUGGCAACCCUGGAGGACAGAAAGGGUUAUAUCCCUAGCAAUCAUGUUAACAAUAAAAAUGCAAAGUUUCCUAUUAUUGAUGCUGCAAGACGUGGCAAUUUGGAUUUAUUGGAGGAAUGUCUAGCAGCCGGUGUGUCAGUAAACGCCCUUGACAAGUCUGGUUCCUCAUCUUUACAUGCAGCUUCUCAAGGAGGACAUCUUCACUGCAUCCUGAGACUCCUAAAAGAACCUAAGCUUGAGAUUGACUUACAGAACAAGCUUGGUGACACACCUCUGCAUUGUGCUGCAUACAGAGGUCAUAGUGAGGUAGUGCAAUUACUUCUAAAACAUGGAGCUAAUACAAGCAUUGUUAAUAGGGAUAAUUAUACACCAAGGAACCUCGCCAAGAAGGGAACGGUUGUUAGUCUUUUGGAUGAAAGCUCCCAAACAAGUGGCAGGAAAUCCUCUGGCUUUGAUGACAAAGACUAUGGUGCUAAUGAUUCUGAAGAUUCUGAUGAGCAGAUAAAUUAAUGUAGUUGUGUCUUGGUGAAUAUCUAUCAUUGUGUCAAAUAGUGUACUAAUGAGUGAAAUGAUAUCAUAAGAUAUUGUUUCAUGAAAUGCCAUAUGUAGUCAAAAUGACCAGGCUUUUUAUUUUUUAUCAGUAAUAUUUUUUAAUUAAUAUCCAGUUAGCUUAUAAGGUAAAUUGUUACAAAGUGAAAUUUUUUAAAACUUAUUUCAUAUCCCUAUGUGACAGUUUUAGGAUCAUGUAUAUAAUACAUCUUGUUAAGAAAUAUAUCAUUCCAUUUUUACCAAAGGUUGUAGUUUUUGUUCUGAAAUAUGUGCAUACCCUGUACAGUACCAUGUUUAGAUGUAUAGAGAUAGAUGAAUAUAUAAACUAUAGAUCAAGCAUCCUUUAUCCUAAAACCUUGGGACCAGUUGCAUUUUAGGUUAUGACCUCUUAUUUGACUGAUGUGCUUUUUCUGCUUGUACCACUGCUAUGUUCUCUUUUUCCAUUUUUUUUUU